GCAACAGAAUAAAAAAGGGAUUGGAUCGAAAUAUUGCUAAAACUAGUUUCUAUUUCUGUGCUUCCUUCAUCCGUCCAAUUUCCAAACAAACCAACGCACUCUCUCUCUGUCUCUCUGUAGUCUGUUCGGAAAUCCAGAAAAAAAGGUACAGAUCUUGACCACAGGAUACUUAUAGGUAGGGGAACAACUUCUGACUUUGAUUCAGAGACUGGUUUUGGGUUUCAGUUCAGAGCAACUAAAACUUUGAUUCAAUCAAUCAAAUCAUCAAUCACUUGAGAGCAAGAAGGAGAGAUCAUGAUAGCCUCAACAGGGUUCAUGUUUCUGGGUUUCGUCGUCUUCUUCCUUUCCCAUUCUUGUACAACUACAAUUGCCAGUAUCAUCACACCAAGGUUCCCUUCUUCCAUUUUAAGGCCUGAAUUGAUUUCUUCAUCAAAAGGACAGGUGGUGUACGAAUCAAAGUAUUUCACACAGACGCUAGAUCACUUCAAUUUCCAACCCCAAGGUUACCAGACCUUCCAACAAAGAUAUCUCAUCAAUGAUAAGUACUGGGGUGGUGCCAAGAACAACGCCCCUAUUUUUGUUUACACUGGAAACGAAGGAGACAUCGAAUGGUUUGCCCAGAACACAGGUUUCAUGAUUGAUACAGCACCUCAUUUCAAAGCCCUUCUGGUCUUCAUUGAGCAUAGGUUUUAUGGGAAAUCUAUUCCCUUUGGAGGUGACACAGAUGUGGCUUAUAGCAAUGCGACUACUCUUGGGUAUUUGAGUUCCACACAGGCUUUGGCUGAUUAUGCUACGUUGAUCAUCGAUUUGAAGAAGAAUUUAACAGCUGAGGACUCUCCAGUUCUGGUUCUUGGAGGUUCCUAUGGAGGAAUGCUGGCUGCUUGGUUUAGGUUGAAGUAUCCACAUAUAGCCAUGGGAGCUUUGGCAUCUUCUGCUCCAAUCCUCAACUUUGAAGGCAUUACUUCUCCAUAUAGUUUCAAUGACAUUAUCACUCAAGACUUCAGGGGUGUGAGCGAGAAUUGUUACAAAGUGAUCAAAGGGUCGUGGAAGCAGAUGGAGAAAACCGCUCAAAAACCCAGUGGACUUGAGCAGCUAAGGAAGUCAUUUAGGAUAUGCAAGAACUACAUAACUAUAGAUUCUCUAGUGAAUUGGCUGUAUACUGCUCUCGUAUAUACUGCCAUGACUGAUUAUCCUACUCAAUCAAACUUCUUGAAUCCUUUGCCAGCAUAUCCUGUCAAACAGAUGUGCAAAGCUGUUGAGGAUCCAAUGGUAGGAAAUGACACAUUUGCAAAGCUCUAUGGUGCAGCCAACAUCUACUAUAACUACUCUGGUAAUGCCAAGUGUUUUGAUCUCAAUGAUAAUUCUGAUCCACACGGCCUCGACGAAUGGACUUGGCAGGCAUGUACAGAGAUGAUAAUGCCUACAAAUGGUAACAAUGAAGAGAGCAUAUUCCCUCCAUCCCAAUGGCAGUACAGUGAGAGGGCCAGUUCCUGCAAAAUGGUCUUUGGCAUUGAGCCCAGGCCCAAUUGGAUUACUACUGAAUUUGGUGGCCAUGAUAUUAGAAGGGUCUUGAAAAGGUUCGGUAGCAAUAUCAUCUUCUUCAAUGGGUUGAGAGAUCCUUGGAGUGGUGGAGGUGUUCUAGAGAGCAUAUCCAAAAGCAUUGUUGCCAUUGUUGCAAAAGAAGGUGCGCAUCAUGUUGACCUGAGGUUCUCAACUGAAGAAGAUCCAGAAUGGCUUCGACAAGCAAGGAAGAGAGAGAUCAAGAUCAUAUCAAAGUGGCUCCAACAAUACUACCACGACUUGGACUAAUAUUAUUUCAUGAAGAGAGAAUUAAUUCUCAUUAAAAUAGCAGGAGUGAGAUCUUUGUUCUUUUUUGCUUUAGGGUAUCAACUUGAGAAGGAUGGGAGGCCUAAGAUCACAAUUCCAUUUUUCUCGUGUUUCCACGCAAAGAAUUGUGGAUUUCUCUGAUUUUCCGUUUUAACUAGUGUUUUUUGUGGUUUCAUUUGUAUCUAGAAUUUGUGUUAAUCAAACACGAUUCUUGAAUUCUGGAAUUUAAAAUAUUUAAUUUUA